GCAGGGAGAGAAAGGGCCGUGCACAGCCCGCAAGAGGGAGAGCCAUGCCAGGCACUGGCAGCAGUGUGGGGUGGGGUGGGGAGCAGAGAUGCAGUGUCAUUGCCCGUGGCUGGUGGCAAGCUGGCUGGAGCCGCAGGGCUGGCAGCUGUCCGUGCAGACUGCCGGCUGCUGUUCUGGCCCCAUGCUGGCUCCUGUCCCUGGGAGUGCUGGAGCCGGUUUAGGAUCAGUGUGCUGCUAAGCACAGCACAGCGUUUCCCUUCUGUGGUCCCCUAUUUCUGCAUCAGACAUCUGGCAGGACCCUCCUGGCCUCCUUCCAUCUCAUUCACCACAGUUUCCAGUGAUUUUGCAGCACUGCUUCAGGCUGCAGUAGCAUUGGAGCAGGAGAAACCCCCUCGCCCCAGCAACUUGAGGGCAAGACUGCUUUUGCAGCCCCUUUCAUGCAAUUCAAACCCAGCACCAUUCAAUCAGCACUGCUUUUUCAGAUGUGCAGUUCACCAGCUCCAGCACCUCUCCCCUUGUUUCCAUGUGAAUUCACAACUGGAAAGUCCCCACAUCCUAUGGCAAAUGCCAUCUGGUCGCUUCCCAGCUCAAAGCUGUUUGCAGCAAGCAGAGGAGAGGCUAAAGCAGUGAGGAUGCUCGCAGGUGCUGCAGCCAGCCAUAGCAAGCAAACCUGUAACCUAAUGUGCCUGACAUGAAGAUGUGCCUUUGAGCCUCAGACUUUGUCACAGACCCAGCGCGGUCCUCUGAUGUGACCAGCACGUCCGGCUGUGCAGUUCAAUCUCUUAACAAGCCCUUCCAACGUGGAGAGGAUCCCUGAGAUGAUGGAAGGGCUUUAGCAAGCUCUUCAGCAUGUGUUGCAAUGGAAGGCCUGAAAAUUUAAACCUUUUUUGCAGCUGAGAUGCAGCAACAACUGUUAGAGGGGGACCAAACUUUGGUACUGGCUUCUUCAACCCAUCCUGAAUCAGUAGAUUCAGACAAAAACCAUGGUUUUGGCCACGAACCUGGACUUGUGCAAUUGGUGAAUUAUUACAGGGGAGCAGACAAGCUGUGCCGCAAAGCAUCCCUGGUGAAGCUAAUCAAGACAAGCCCUGAGCUAUCAGAGUCUUGCACGUGGUUUCCCGAGUCAUAUGUGAUUUAUCCAACAAACUUGAAGACCCCUGUGGCUCCGGCACAGAAUGGAAUUCGCCAUCUCAUAAACAACACGAGGACAGAUGAGAGGGAAGUCUUCUUGGCAGCUUACAACAGGCGUCGGGAAGGCAGAGAAGGCAAUGUGUGGAUUGCCAAGUCCUCGGCUGGUGCCAAAGGGGAAGGAAUCCUGAUUUCUUCAGAGGCUUCAGAGCUCCUGGAUUUCAUUGAUGAGCAGGGACAAGUGCACGUGAUUCAGAAAUACCUGGAGAAGCCUCUUCUUUUGGAGCCAGGGCAUCGCAAGUUUGAUAUCAGGAGCUGGGUUCUCGUGGAUCAUCUGUAUAAUAUCUACCUCUACAGAGAGGGUGUCCUGCGGACCUCUUCCGAACCAUAUAACAGUGCUAAUUUCCAGGACAAAACCUGCCACCUGACCAAUCACUGCAUUCAGAAGGAAUAUUCCAAAAAUUAUGGGCGGUAUGAGGAAGGGAAUGAAAUGUUCUUUGAAGAGUUCAACCAGUAUCUGAUGGAUGCCCUGAACACAACGCUUGAGAAUAGCAUCUUAUUGCAAAUCAAACACAUAAUAAGAAGCUGCCUUAUGUGUAUAGAGCCUGCAAUCAGCACAAAGCAUCUUCACUACCAGAGCUUCCAGCUCUUUGGCUUUGACUUCAUGGUUGAUGAGGAGUUGAAAGUCUGGCUCAUAGAAGUCAAUGGGGCUCCAGCUUGUGCCCAGAAGCUAUAUGCAGAACUCUGCCAAGGAAUUGUGGAUGUAGCCAUCUCUAGCGUUUUCCCCCUUGCUGACACUGGACAGAAGACAAGUCAGCCAACAUCGAUCUUUAUCAAACUGUGAUGAUUACAGGAGUGCAUCUGCUGCGCGCAAGAAGAGACUGCACCCAUUGGGCCAGCACUGUCUAAUGGCUUAUCUCAGUAUUAUGCCAAAAAGUGAUAGGGACAGGCUUCUCUUUUUUUCUGGAAAGUCAUGGAGAAAAACAACAAAACAGGCAUCCACAUAAAGCUGCGAUGAUCCAGAGCUGCUGGGACAACUCUGCCUGCAUUCACCAAAAUCUACUUUAGAAACAGCUCAUGUGACUUUGAUACCUGAAACAAAUCUCUGGGAGUAUAGCAAAAUAACCUUAAGAUGAAACCCCAACAGGGAUACUAUAAUACUGUAUUAGCUCCUCCUUUUCUAUAGAGAUAACGUGGGUUUUUUUUUUUUAAGGCAGUUGAGUGAAGAAUACAGUGAUCUUCUGGGAUAUCAUGGUUGGAAAGUUUUACUCCUCCCACUAUGUUUCUUCUUUCCUCACCUACUGCAUCAUUAGUGCCUUAGCUCAGCUCCAAAUAGGUGACUCCUUUCCUUUGUUCCUGCUCUAUCCUGCAGAAAGGAACAAGCUGCCUUGCAUCACAGGAUGCAUAACACCAGGAACACCAAGAAUUCAGUUUCCUUGGGUAUUUUCAAAGCUGGCUGGCUGAACACCCAAGCAAUGACUGGCAAGGAUGCUGUUGGAAAAGGUGCUGAACUGCAGGCGGUGAAUUAACCCAAGCAGGGAAGGCAGUUUGUUUAUUAUAGUUAUCCCUUUUCCUAAUGAGAUUUGAUCAGUUUCCAUCCAAGUCUGAUGCAGUUGGAUUCUGUUUAAAACAGGUAGAGAGACUUUCCCUUGGGGCUCACCUGCAGGCUAUAGGAUUCCUAGCAUCACUUCUGUGCUAAGAGUGUUUCAAAUAGCUGGAACCCAAACUUCUCAGCUUCUGAGACACUGAUGUGAAUUUAGGCUCUUCUCUCAGUUUCACCUUUACGCCCUUGAGGCUUGCAUCUGAAACCUUUCAACUCAAAUGAUUUUUAUCCUUUUUGAUCCAAUCAAUUUGAUUCUCUUCUAUUUGACAAUUUACUACCACAAUCCACAGCUCAGUCCCAGCUAAGGGGAAGAUGGGUGAGAUAUUGCAGACCACGAGAUUUCUUGUGUGUAGGUUUGCCACACAGCUGGGACAGGAUGAUAUUCUUGUGGGGAAGUUAAAUUCCUUGAGGACCCUGAAUUUCAGAGCUAACAUCUACUCUGAGUACAUCCUAAGUCCUUGGCAUACUACCCGUUCUGUGAAGUUCAUCUGAAUUUUUAGCGUAAGCCCAGAAUAUCCUUCCUAAGCUUAAUGCUCUCUGUGGAGCACUGCUGCAUUUCUAACAGCAGCUGUGUGAGUGGUAUCUGUGCCAUACCCCAGAUUUUCAUAUGAAGAGUCAAAAUUCAACAAUUAGCUCUCCCUCUUCAAGAGACUGUAACAGUGUCUGCGAAGAACUGAGUGCUCACAGGGUGCUGCACACUGGUGGUCCUGGGUUAGGAGUUUCUUUCCAUGUUGCACACGAUGCGUGGAUGUAUGUUAGCUCUGAGGUUACAUGUUUGAAAACAUGCUUCAGGGCAGAUUGCAAACAAGUGCCUGCUCAAGCAGCACAGAACUGAUUCCCAGUGAGGAGGGAAGGACAUGGAUUGUCUGACUGAGAUCUCCACACACUGCGUAGGAAACCAUCAUGGAAAACUGCAGCUCGGGGGGUUUGAAUUGAUCGCAGCAGGAGAGCAGAGUGUGCUGCUGAGGUCAGGACUGUGUUUUGCUGCCUCUGGCAGGGAGAGAUGGUUGGCACAGAAAUAAACUGGUUCCAGUUACCCAAAAUAAACAAAUGAGGAGAUCGUGGAGGUUACAGGCUUCUGGCUGCCUGUGUGUAAUGGGAUGCAAAUCAAGGAGUGGGAUUUCUGCCUCUCACAAGAUCCUGGCGCUGUGAUGUACUUAUCUCUGCUCAUGAAAUGUCAAAGGUCUUUGUGCCAGCCAAAGGGUCUGCAACCAGACAGUCCUGCCACCUUUCUGUAGGCAGAACUGAAGUGUACUGGCCUCCUUGGAGUAAGGCAUUUUGAUCGUACUGUAAUGGCACAGACAUUCUUUGCAAAAUACUGUGAAUCCACGCAUGGCGCCAUUUCACACCAGGCUGCUUAAAUCCAGAAGGGAACAGAGCACUUGGCAAGACCCAGCAGAAGCGCUGCAGAAAGGAAGCAUUCCAGAAGGCCACACGAACAUCUCUGGAGUUGUAAAUGCUCUGAGUGCUGCGUCGAUCAGCAUCUGCCCACUGUGGCAGGCAUGAGGUGGGCUGGUGCACACUGAGCAGUGACCAGGAGCAGUAGCUACAGGAGAUGGGCUUUGCUGUGUUCCUCUGUGCUGUGUGCAAAGGAGGCUGGGCUGCGGGUGCUGUGGGGUGGUUUUGUUUCUGAGCAGGACCCCCAAGUGCCGGGUUUGGUCUCUGGCUUUGGAACUUGUGUGUAUGCUGAAGGGUCACCGUGAACUCUUUGGCUCAGGAGGCAGUGGGGAAGUAGUGAGUCGUGGACUGGGAGAGAGGGGAUGUGGGAAAAGAACUGGUUGGUUUUUUUUUUAAUCUUACGGUAGCAUAUGAGGUGUCAAAAUUUCCAUGCAAACCAGGCAAAGUAUGGUGGUAGCAUUCUAUGGUAAACGAUUAGGCUAUAAUGGUUAACAGGCAAAGCUACCUGUUCACCAUGUCUCCGUUGGCAUUUUCGUGUUAGCUUAAAAUUAGCUUAAGCUAAUGUGAACUUUAACAAUACAACUUCUUCCCCAGCAAAGACAGGAUCUGAUAGCAGUCACCCUGGUCCAGGAUGUGUGUGAGGUGACAGGAGACACCGAACACACUCAAGCCCUAGAGCUACUCAGUGUGCAAAGUGAGAAAAGAAAAUGUUCCCUGUCAUAAAGAAAUGAAAAACACUCGAGCCAUCUUUAUUUUCUUCUCAAAAGGGAAAUGCAAAAAAUCAAAUUGCUCCCUUUCUCAGUGGACAGAUCCAUGCUCAUGGAGUGGCAUAUGGCCAGGAAAGCAGCCUGGGCGCAGGAAGAUGCAGCGUCCUUCACAGGAGCAGUGGACAGCCAGGAGAAGCGCCGACUCAGGAACAUCUGCCCAACUCUUAAGGCCUUUUCUUCCCAUUUUCAUCUGGGAUUGCACUGUGGUACGUUACCACCUGGCUGUUUCUGCUGCUCCCUUAAAAGUAGGGCUUCUGUUCAGUGGUAAAGCCAUGACUACAGGUGAUGUAGCUGCUUAUAACUUGUACUUCAGCUGGGUUUUGGGGAGUUGGUGAUUCAGGGACACUUUGAUCAUUGGUAUCCUUACUGAAUUCUUAAAAAUAAGCAACAGCUGCUGGAGGAAAACAGCAGGUACUGCCUAUGACUGUUUACCACCUGCCCUCAACAUGCUUACUGAGGUAAAGCACGGGUGGAAAAUGAUAGAGGACAGACAGCAGAGUGCCUGAGCUCCUGUCCAAUAUAUUAGCCAAGCAGGAGAGGACAGGCAUGUGGCUGAGGCCUGAGCACUGCAGCUGUGGGUGCGCCUUGCAAGCAAUGCUCACAAACCCUUUGGAGACUUUGGGUUGGCUUUUUUUAGAAAAAUGCAAAAACAAAUGUUUUCUAGCUCAUUUCAGCUAAAAGGUCAAUAGAAUAGGUCUUAGUCUCUUUCCUAAGCUUUUGCAAAGGAUGGUGCUGGGUUUGAAGAAGAUACCCAACAUAUGGCGGGAUGUCUCAAAUCUUAGUUCAGUGUCAGCCGUGAAGGAUGUAGGACCCAGGUGCUCUGGCUGUUGACCAGCAGGGUCUGGUCCAGCAGGAAUCUGGGUCUCUGUGUGGCAGCAACAGCUCCUGUGCUCCUACCGAAGGCCAUGAAAAACACCGGAGAAGUCUGUGGAGGUCUUAUAUGCUGCUUCACCCGGCUGCUGUGACCUGUUGUCAUCAGUGCCCUUUAGGACUGCUCGCAUGUCCCCUGUCCUAUCAUUUAGUGUUCUCUACAUGCAGCUCUGCCUGAGGGAGCUGCACCACGCCAUACAUGCGUUAAUGGUGGUGUCUCAUUCCCGGUGUCAGCUACUGCAGAGAGCCACGGCGCGGACAGCAGCCGAUGCCGGGGGUGUGUGGGACACUCCUGCGACAGCUCUGGGUCUCCCUGCUGGCUGCCUGCACGUCAGCAUGCACGUGUACAGCUGGCGGGGCUCCCAGCUUGUGCUUUUCCAGCCGAUGUGUCCAUGUCUGUCCUCAAGCAUCAUUAAAACAAGCGAAUCUCCCUG